AUGAUUUCAUACCGUGUGCCAGGGUGCGUUUUCAAGGGUCCGCACAGCUUGCGGCCUCCUCCUGCUGUUGAACCACAAGCAGACUUCGAAGAUUUCGGUGCUGUGUUUGAUAAGGUGUGCAAGUGUGUGGGUUGGAAUACAUGCAGAGGCUGCAGCUGGGGUAUGUCAGACGAGGAGAGGGGUCUUUGGAUGGAGGAUUGGGAUGCAAGUCUCCAGGGGGCCAAACGCGCCGCGGAAAGCUCCGCUGCAAAGCCAUUGGUUCGCACGUUGCUGGAGGCCUUUCGCUCCCAGGCGUCUGUUGACGGAAUCGCCACGGCUGAAGCCAUGGCUUACCUUCUCGAUGUUGCCAUCCUCAUCGGGGAUGCCGAACUGGCGAGAUGCUGCGCCAAGCACUGCACCCGUUUGCCGCUAAGGCGCUGGAGAGGCGAGGAGCUUGUGAGGAUUGUUCGAGAUCUCCCGGUGUGGAUCUUUGGAGAUGACUUCUCUCUUCGAUUUGAGAUUCAGGAGAAAGACGUCCUGAUUGCCGCUCUGGCCGCCGGCCUGGAGCUCGCGCAUCUGAACACUGGGAGGUGCAUCGGAGCGGAGGAGACCGUCAUGUCGCUGGCGGAAGCCAUCGUACUUUCCGCAGACGCUGAGCUCUGGUGCCGAGUCGAAGGCCUUCUGCAGCUCGGGCCAUGGCCAGCGCAUGAAGUUUAUAACAGAACGGCCGAGUUUCUCCUCGAUCGCUCCGGCGGCCAAGUCAGGCUGAGCUCGGAGCGCCUGCAUCGGGCCGAGAGGGCCGGUCUCGCGCUGAGCUCGUUUCAGGCGUGGGUUCCCGUCGUCUGUCGGGCAUGUGGCGAAGACGUUCUUCAUCCCAAGGUCUCCUUGCUGGACUUGGCGAUCCUUCUUGGACAGAGCGACUGUGCCCGACUCUGUGGGCCGAUGGACAUCGAGGCGACAGAGUGGAAGCUGUCGGCGAGCCUUGAAGCGAUGCUGGUGUGGGGGAAGACCGUGUGCUCUUCGUGUGAAGCCUACACCUUGUAUGGAUUUCCAGAUGCCUGGGCCGAGAGCAUCGCAUCGCUCCCGGAGCGCCAGGCGGCAGCAGCCGAGGCGCUUCGCACGGCCCUGCAGGCAUCCCGCCGAAAAGCCGCAAGCUCUGCAGGCUUCGGGCUCUUCCAGGCCAUGCGAUCCUGGGCUCGCGGGAAGUUGGUGCCGAUGGCUUUGGUAAACAUGGUGUUGACAUUCGCAGCGGAGCGGCCAUCACUGCUGCAGGCUCUCCAGAAACGUGAGGGGGAGCUUCCGCCCUUGGGCCACUGGUGGGCUGAGUCGGAGCACAGAGCCCAGCCGGUGGUGGAGGAUACCGAGACACAUGCACGAAUUGAGAGUCUGGGUGUCGAAGAAUGGCAGCCUGCAGGCACUGCUGCCUCUUCCAGCAACGACAUGCAGGCACAGCCUGACGGCACAAGCGAGAAGCAAACCGGCUCCGACCAGGACACCACAAACGAUCUCCUCACGGCCCUCCGCAACAGCAAGAGUGACAAUCCGCCUUUCAGUGGCGAUGGCAUCCCAAUGAUAAGUCGGGGGGUUCAUGAAUCCGGGGGUUUUUACCGUGAAGACGCCGCUUGCACUUUGAAGUCGUGA